AUGGCCAAGGAACAUCAUGUCAGUAGGACUCUGGCUGAUGAGCUGGAAGGCUGCAAUCACAGGGAUCUGGGAGCCAUCCCAGGUCCAGAUGUUGUUGGAGAGAACCAGACAACAGCCAUUGAGUUCCUCCUCCUGGGACUUGCUGGACAGGCAGAUCAAGAAGAGGUCAUUUUUGGGUUGUUCUUGGGGCUGUACAUGGUCACCAUCUCUGGGAACCUUCUCAUCAUCUUGGCCAUCAGCUGUGACCCUCAUCUCCACACACCCAUGUACUUCUUCUUGGCCAACCUCUCCAGUGUUGACAUCUGCUUUUCCUCAGUCACUGUCCCCAAGGCACUGGUGAAUCAUGUGGUGGGCAGCAAGUCCAUCUCUUAUGUGGAGUGUAUGACCCAGAUCUAUUUCUUCAUCACAUUCAUCAACAUGGAUGGCUUCCUCCUGAGUGUGAUGGCUUAUGACCGUUAUGUGGCCAUCUGUCACCCUCUCCACUACACCAUGAUGAUGAGGCCCAGGCUCUGUGUCCUCCUGGUGGCCAUGUCAUGGGUCAUCACAAACCUGCAUGCUCUCUUGCACACUCUCCUCAUGGUCCGACUCACCUUCUGUUCCCACAAUGCAGUGCACCACUUCUUCUGUGACCCCUACCCCAUCCUGAAGCUCUCUUGUUCUGACACCUUUAUUAACGACAUCACAGCCUUCACAGUGGGUGGGCUGACCUCUGUCACACCAUUCACAUGUAUCACUGUUUCCUAUGCCUGUAUCCUCUCCAAUGUACUGAAGUUCCCAUCUAUCCAGGGAAUAAGGAAGGCCCUGUCCACAUGUGGGUCUCACCUCACCGUGGUCUGCCUCUUCUAUGGGGCGAUCCUGGGGGUCUAUAUGCACCCUUCAUCUACAUACUCAGUACAAGACAUGGUGGCCACUGCCUUUUUCACAGUGGUGACACCCAUGGUCAAUCCCUUCAUCUACAGCCUGAGGAAUCAUGAUGUCAAAGGAGCCCUAAAGAAACUCAUGUUUAGGAGACCCAUUUCUUUGAGAUUCUACAGCUAG